GUUCCUUUGGCGGACCCUGUAUUACACUCUUUAAUCGCAAAUAAUAAGACCUACAGUAACCAUACUAAGUGAGUCAAAUCUUGCAUCUCGAUCUAAUAAAAUGCAUGAAAUAACUGCUAAUGUCCAUUCAGAGUUCCAAUUAAAAUCUGGCCAAUCACAGGUCUCAGAUCACUUGCUGCACAGCCGAUAGUGCACAUGAAGAUCUUUCCGCAGCAUCAGGGCAGGGCAGGAGUGAGGGUACCACCAGAGUACUAUCACUUAGGGAGGAUGCACCGCGGUAUAAAAACGGAUCGCACCCACGAUUUUGGUACAGUUGUCUCAUUUAUCAUCUAUCAUGAAGUUUCUGAUUUGCACAUUGCUGUUAACAUCAACAGUCCUUGCAAAGGAUAAGGACAAAGACAAGGAUGCCUCAAAGAAGGAAAAACGUGGACUUCUGUUAGGAGACCACAGCGGCUUCGGUGGGGGAGGUGACCAUGGACUUGGGGGUGGUCAUUUCUUUGGAAGUGACCUCGAUCUUGGAGGACAUGGUGACUUCGGAAGCAGUGGUAGCGCAUCUGGCGGAUCAUCUAUCAGCUCUGAAGGUCUAAUCAAACACAUAACAAUCCACAAAGUACAACACGUACCAGUUCCACAUCCUUACCCUGUCCACAUCGAAAAGAAGAUACAUUAUCCAGUAAAAGUACCAGUUCAUAUCAAGGUGGACAAGCCGUACCCUGUCCAUGUCCCCAAGCCUUACCCAGUUCCAGUGGAGAAGCCUUACCCUGUGAAAAUCAUCAAAAACGUAGCAGUACCUUACAAAGUCCCAUACAAAGUACCUUAUCCAGUGAAGGUACCUGUGCAUAUCCCCAAGCCUUACCCAGUGCCAGUGCAUAAAGCAGUUCCAGUCCCUGUUCCAGAGUACAACUUUGUGAAGAAACAUGUGCCAAUAAUCAUACAUACUAGUCACGGUGGUGAAGAUGGAGGAUUUGGAGGUGAACAUGGAGGUUUUGGAGCAGGUUCUGAUAGCGGAUAUGGGCAUAUUGAGGAAGGAUUUGGAGGUGGUCAUGGAGGAUUUGAAGGAGGCCUGGGAGGUCACGACUUUGGAGGGCACUGAUUUCCAAAGAUUUUCCUGCUAUUGCGUUGGUAAGCUGUGAUUUAUCUUCAGAAUAACACUCCGAAUCCAAGUGAUGUUAUAGAAUCGUAUGAUAUCAAAACCUUAAGGUUAGGCACAUAUUUCCACAACUUUGGAAGUCUUGAUCUAUCAGACUGGGCAAUGUCUUACUAUAUUUGUUCUCAUCAUUUUUUAGCGCAGUAACGAAUAAUGUUGAUAUAAAAAUGUUUUUGGCAAUUUUUUGUACAUUUGCGCUGCCUUUGAGAAUCAUUUUGUCCGCUGAGGCUUUGUAAUCUUUGUACAUAAGGAUGAAGCAUGAACUCAAACAUAAAAUAGCUUUAUUUGCAUGUAAAGAGUUUUUUAAGUUUGUUAGUGCACUACCGAGACUCUGAUAGCGUAUGUAGUAUCUAAACUACAACAGUUAUUUUGUUUUAGAUUCUGUGAUAUGCUUGUAAAAAUUUGAAAUUUAUUGCUGAUUCAUCAUCACAUAGUUAUUUUAUAUUUUUGUACAAUAAAGCUGAAAAAGAACAAAGUUGUUAUCAUUGAUUAUCCUUGCUGCUAGAGUGCCCCCAAAUCCUGUAGAGGCAACAUUCUUUUGAAACGAAAUCAG